AAGAGUUUUGCUGUCCUUUUGCUUUUCUGUAGAUCUGCCCCUACAUAAGAAGGUCGACUGUUAAAACAUGAAACCAGCACAUCCUUCAGAAAGAUUCUUGGUUUGACAUCUGUGUUCACACUCUGGUGUCCUGUGUUCUUCUUUGACGUUUAUCAUUCUGACAAAGAUGAGGAAUGUCUCAAUGGUGACUGAAUUUAUCCUGCUGGGCAUCCCACACACAGAGGGUCUGGAGACCAUCCUCUUUAUCUUGUUUUUGUCCUUCUACCUCUUCACCCUGAUGGGGAACCUGCUCAUCCUACUUGCAAUUGUCUCCUCCACUCGGCUUCACACUCCCAUGUACUUCUUUCUGUACAAGCUGUCUGUGUGUGACAUUUUUUUCACUUCAGUGAGCUCCCCCAAGAUGCUGUUCUACCUCUCAGGGAACAGCCCAGUUAUUUCCUAUACAGGCUGUGUGUCUCAGCUCUUUUUUUACCACUUCCUGGGCUGCACUGAGUGUUUCCUGUACACCUUGAUGGCCUAUGACCGUUUUAUGGCCAUAUGUUACCCUCUGCGCUACACAGUUAUCAUGAGUCACAGAGUGUGUGCCAUCCUGGCCAUGGGGACUUCAUUUUUUGGCUGUAUUCAGGCCAUCUUUCUAACCACUCUCACUUUCCAGUUGCCCUACUGUGGUCCUAAUGAGGUAGACUAUUACUUUUGUGAUAUCCCAGUGAUGCUGAAGCUGGCCUGUGCAGAUACCUCAACACUGGAGAUAGUGGGGUUCAUCAGUGUGGGCCUCAUGCCCCUCGGCUGCUUCCUUCUCAUCCUCACCUCCUAUAGCUGCAUUGUUUUCUCUAUUCUUCAAAUCCGCUCUGCAGAGGGCCGACGCCAUGCCUUCUCCACCUGCAGUGCCCACCUCACUGCCAUCCUCCUUGCCUUUAUGCCAGUAGCUCUCAUCUACCUGCAGCCCACUCCUAACCCCUCUCUUAAUGCAGCUGUUCAGAUUCUGAAUAACCUGGUCACCCCCAUGAUGAACCCCUUGAUCUACAGCCUAAGAAAUAAGGAAGUGAAAUAUUCUCUGAGGAAAGUGCUACAGCAUCUGGACUUACUUUCUGAGAAGUGAUAGAGAGAGUUAAGUAGCUAACAAUUCAAUAGAACUACACUGCUUACAAAAGGUAUGCUCUAGGGAACAAGAUACUGUCACUGCCCCUGUUUUGAUGAGGAAGCUAAGACUUGAAGAAAUAAAACGACUUGCUCCAGGUGACAUAACUAAUAACCUAUCCUGUCCUGAAAGCAUUGUAUCUUUCCAGUUGGCAAAAAAAAUAACUUGGGCCUUCUUUCUCUCAUUCUUUAUUUUCCUCUCCUUUAUUUCCUUUCCCACAUCUUCUCCUCCUCUUAUCUUCCCCUUCAUGGUCACUUCUUCACGUUGCCUGCAAUAACCAUCUCCUUGAAU